AUGAUUUCCGUCUCCGCAAUGGUGAUCCAAUGCAUGCGCCUAUUUGGGUCUCGCGACCCCAUCUGCCUAUUGUCUUCUUCUUUGAGUUUUCGCCUCUUUUCUAUCGUCUCUUUUUUCGGAAUUGGCCUGACCGGUCCUACGAAGCUUGUCUCACGCCCCAACGCAGCUAGGGUUUGUGUAGAAAUCGAUAAUAGAUGUCCUUCGCUUCAUCUGCACGGUGUAAUAAAGCAAGGUCGAUCACGGAUUCAAGCUAUAGCAAAGAAGACUUAUAGUCGAUCCGGGACUGAGAUGCAAAGACAGAGGAAUAUGGUAGAAGGAGUACAACAAGCAAUCAAAGGAAUGCAGGCGUUGAUAAGCGUAGAGGGGCUAGAAAGAGAAGUUAAGGUCGGUAGGCAGAACAGGGGGGGGGGUUUGGGAAAGAUAGUAAGUACUUCUUAUAUCAACCACAGGCUCCCGUGUUUCUUACUUUUUUUGAGUAGUAUCCCAUUCCUCUAUGCCAUUCCCGCAUUCACUCUAUCCGUCCAACAAGCUCUCUCUCCCAUUGGUAGGCAGAAGACAGGGGUUUUGGAGGGAACUACUAAAGGUGUGUAUAAGCCCUACAUACAGUGUAUGUGUCCCUCCAGCCCAGCUGAGCUUCGCUAUGAACUAAUAGACUGA